UGAACACAACAUACAAAAAGCGAGCAUCAUCACAUCAUAAUGGAUUCAGGUCACAGCAACGAAGCAACUAGAUUAUGGAGAGUUUUUCGUACUGCGCAUCAAAUGGUUCAUGAUAGAGGAUACUUAGUCUCUCAAUCAGAACUUGAUAUGGAUUUGGAGUCAUUUAAGCGUACAUUUGCUCCUUCUGGUGAUGUUGAUCGAGAUCAAUUGACAUUUGUAGUGCAAAAGAAGGACGAUCCAACUGACCAACUGCUUGUCUUCUUUCCCAAAGAUCCUUCAGUCGGUGUUAAACCUCUAAGAGUUUACGUCGAACGUAUGGCACAACAGCAAAUUCCCAAGGGUAUCUGUAUUUAUCAAAAGAGUAUGACUUCCUCAGCAAAUAAGGUCAUCCAACAAUUACCUUCAAAGCAUACAUUAGAAUCUUUCCAAGAAAACGAGUUACUAGUCAAUAUUACACAUCAUGUAUUGGUACCUAAGCAUGAAGUAUUGACACCAGAAGAAAAGGCUACUUUAUUGCAGAGAUACCGUUUGAAAGAAACUCAAUUGCCACGUAUUCAGCAUACGGAUCCAGUCGCUAGAUAUUAUGGCUUAAAGCGUGGACAGGUUGUCAAAAUUUUAAGAGAGAGUGAAACUGCCGGUCGAUAUGUCAGUUAUAGAUUAUGUAUUUAAAUAACAACAGCAAUAAUAAUUAAAAAAAAAAAGAAGUGGGUCAUUUUUCAUAUAAAAACUCCUUAUAAAAACUUUCUCCUUUUUAUUAUUAUUAUUACUAUUAUU